UGCUGAAAGAAUGCUGAUGAAACUACAUUUCAGAAAAGUUGCUAAAUGUGGUACUUCUCGAGCAGUACUGCACUGAUGGAAGAGAAGGCGGCUGCUGCUGUGUAGACUGGAAGAUUCCUCUUUAUUCAAGUUGAAGAUCUUGUCUCAGCAUUCCUUUGGCUUCAUCUUGCUCAACUGAAUAAUUUAGUGUAAAUUAGCUGGGGAAAAUAGAACUUCUUAAUUUGAUUGGAUUUGAAGUACUAGACAAAAUAUUGAGGAUCUUAAUGCCUAACCACUUUCACCAGUGAUCGUCCUAUAGCUUUGGAAUAUAUAGGACUACGGAUCCACAACAUACCUCUUCUAGACAGUUAUGGAAAACUUUUGCUGUGGUCUCGAAGACUAGUGUAUCGGAGGAAUUCACACAAGAAGUCCUACAAGUGCCCUUAUUGUGACUGCAGAAAUUUCCAAAGAAAUUGGCAUUUCUUCUUAUUACCACAACAAACCGGCAGAAAACAUGCCAACACAACCUCUCUUAGCUUACAUGGAUGGACCAGAUGGAAUAGCCAGUACAGUUGGUACACGGAUGGAAAUCAGUGAUGCAUCCAUGUCAAUAAAAGGGACCAAUACAAUCUCUUACAAAAACAUUCAAGAAAAGUUUUUAAUGGAAGCCGAAGAAUGCAUGCCUUUGGAUUGCAUGUUUUGUGAUCAGACUUUUAAACAUCCAGAAGACCUUAGUAAGCAUGUCUUAACCCAACACAGACCCACUCUUUGCGAACCAGCAGUAUUGCGGGUUGAAGCAGAGUACCUUAGCCCUCUCGAUAAAAGUCAAGUGCGAACAGAGUCUGCUUUGCAGGAAAAUAAUGGCAAGGAAAAUGAAUUCAGCUGUGAAGUUUGCGGGCAAACAUUUGGUGGAGCUUUUGAUGUCGAGAUCCACAUGAAAAAACAUAAGGACUCAUUUACUUAUUGGUGUAGCGUUUGUGGAAGAAGAUUUAAAGAACCGUGGUUCCUUAAAAAUCAUAUGAGAACACACACCGGUAAGCCUGGGUCUAGGAACAAACUCCAGCAAGGCUCUGAGAGCCCAGUAACCAUAAAUGAAGUUGUUCAAGAGCAUGCAGCUGAAAAUAUAACAUCUCCCUACAAAAUCUGCAUGGUUUGUGGUUUCUUAUUUCCGAAUAAAGAAAGUCUAAUUGAACACAGCAAAGUGCACACCAAAGAAUCCAUUUCCAGUGGUGGUGAGACUCAAGUUGUUGGUGCCAACGAAGGAAGAUUUUCAUCUCCAAGGGAAGAAUUCCUGCAAUUUUUAAACUUAAGGCCAAAUUUGAGUCCGGAAAAUGUUGGGAAAUCGGGGAAAUCUGCAAAAUGGAUUGCUGAACUAGACCCGUUCAAUACAUAUCAAGCCUGGCAGUUGGCUACCAAAGGCAAAGUUGCUGUUGGCCGUGGAGAAAUUAAAGAACCAGGGCAAGAAGGAAGUACGGACAAUGAUGAUUCUUGUUCCGAUAAAGAAGAGCUUGGAGAAAUUUGGAAUACUAGUAAAACCAGCCACACUGAAAGUACCGGAAAGUCCAAAACAAAUAAAAGCAAUUGUUCGGGAAUUGCUAGCCUCUCCCAAGACAAAGAGAAGCUCAAACAUACCAGUGGGGAAGUGCCUUCCAUGGAUGUGGAAUCUAAACUCUCCCAGAACAAAGAGAAGCCAACACAUUGUUCAGAGUGUGGCAAAGCCUUCAGAACGUACCAUCAGUUGGUUCUACAUUCAAGAGUGCAUAAAAGAGAUAGAAGAGCGGAUGCUGAAUCCCCCACGACUUCUAUUGAAGGAAGGCAGCAGAGAACGUGUUCUCCAGACAUGAGUACUGCUCUAGAUGAAAACGGAGCGAUGGACAGAGUGGAAGGCGGUUCUGAAGAUGGCUCAGAAGACGGGAUUCCGGAAACACUUCAUUUAGAUAAAAAUGAAGAAUCCGUGGAACGAGGAAAAAUUAAGAGUCUUGCAUCCUCCAGAGAGUGCAGCUAUUGCGGAAAAUAUUUCCGUUCAAAUUAUUACCUCAAUAUUCAUCUCAGAACUCAUACAGGUGAAAAACCAUACAAAUGUGAAUUUUGUGAUUAUGCAGCAGCCCAGAAAACAUCUUUGAGAUAUCAUUUAGAGAGACAUCACAAAGACAAGCAGGUGGAUAUCACAGCUGAAGUAAAGAAUGAAGGUAAAAACUCAUUACUAUGUCGGGAGACUGAAGAUGCCCUAGUGACGAUUAAUGGUGCUCAAACCAAAAAUUUGAAAAGGCUUUUUGAUGGUACCAAAGAUGCUAAAGGCUGCCCUCCUGCAAAGCAACAAAAAGAGAUGCCUUCUGCCUUUCAAAAUCGUCUGGGCAGUGACAUCCUGUCGUCCUUGAAGGGUUCUCAGGAUUCCAGCAAAAAUGCAGUGGUUGAGAGCUCUGCUAAAAACAAUGCAAAUUCAGCGGCUCCGCAUCAGGAAAAAUUAAAGAAGAAAAUCGUAGCAGAAUCUCAAGCAAAAAAUGCCGAGAUAGGUGUUAGUCUUAACUCAAGAGGAGACAUCGCCUGCGAGAUUGACAUGGAUGUAGAAGAGGUGAAAGAGAUUGCACUAAACUGUAAACGCAAACCCAAUAUGGACUUUCAAGAAAAGCCUUUAAACUUGUCUACUGGGACCACUCAAGAAUUUGUGGCAGUUUCUGUUGCUAGAGGUUUAUUAGCAACUAGCACCUGCCCGUUUUGUACUUAUAGAACAGUUUACCCAGAAGUCCUCAUGAUGCACCAGAGACUGAUGCAUAAAUAUAACCCUGACAUUCAUAAAAAUUGUUGCAGAAAUAAGACUUCUGCUGAAACCAGGCGUACUGGAUGCCCCCCAGCUUUACUUGGAAAAGAUGUUCCUCCCUUGGCUAUGAAUCCCGUUAAACCCAAGGCAUCCCUACCCACACAACCAAAAUCUCUGCAGCUAGAAAAAGUUAAGCACUGCCCACCUCUGCAGAGCAAAGUCCCACUUUCUUCAGGAAUGGACUCCAGCACUUUAGCCCCAAAUAACCUGAAGUCUCACAGGUCACAGCAAAAUAUUGGAGCUCAAGUGGGCACCUGUCGACAGCAGCCACCUGAAAUUCAUUCUAAACCAAGUGUUUCUCCGGUACCAGAUAGAGUAAAAAGAGCUGAAGCUAAAUCGAAGUCUCUGAACAUAUCAGCCUUACAACUUGGAGGAGCCCACAGUAAUAUCAACGGCUCCAUUGAGUAUCCCCUGAAAAGUGAAAGUUUUUGGCCUAACAAUCAAGGAAGAGAGUACUUUUGUAAUAGGACUGUAGGUAAUGUCAGUUCAGAAUUUGGAGAACCAUCCUCCAAAAGAGUUAAGCCUAAUCUAUUAACUCUUGACCUCGACUCUACAAUGGCGAAUUACAGAAGAGGGUAUGACAUAAAUAGAUAUCGUGUUGCAAGUAGAAUUGCAAAUCUGUUACCUCAGGAAUGUCCAUGCACACCUGCCAUGUCUGUUCUGCCAACUAAACAAGGACUCCUGAAUUCAAAUGAAGUUGAUUCUCAGAAUGUACUGACUAUUUUGAAGUCCUAUGAGCCAUACAGUUCUGGAUCACUCUACAGUUCUUGUGGACCAAGUGGAAGUCAAGUAUCAAGCUCAACGAUAGAAGGAAAAAGGCCUGUGUCUUAUCAACACUUAUCUAACAAUGUGCUACAAAAAAGAAACUAUGACAGUCUUAUUGGUAAUGGACAUUAUCGGCCAAAUGACAAGAAAAUUUGAUUUACGUGCAUCUGGAGAAUAGGUUUAAGGAUAUAUAGUGUGCAUUCCCUGUGGAGUUACCUUCAGAUCAUCCCUUGAGAAAAUGAAUGGUGAAAGCUACUGAAAUAAGCUGUGAUUGUACUGUACAUAUAAAGAACACUACAGUUUUAUAACUUUGGUUGUGUUAAAGAAAAUUUGUACCAAAUAGCAAUAAAAAUUGUAGUCUGAAAAUGCUAAGAAUGUAUAUCUCUAUUUUGACCUUGAAUAAUAUUUUUUUUAGAAUUAAUUGACCAAAUAUUAGAUAGUUUUUGCAUACUUGAGCGCUGCUGGAAAAAAAUUGUUUGGAAAAAAAAAAGUAUAUAAUGCUUGCACCUCAGGUAAACUUUGUAAAUAUCUAAGUUGGAAACUUGCUUGUUAAAAUACUGUGGUUUCCCCCCUUUCCGCCCCCCCCCCCCACCCAGUCCGACCCCUCUAAACUCAACAUUUUGAGUGUUUCUGAUAUUAUGCCUUUUCAGUUAAAUGAUAUAAUUUUAUUUUAAAUUCCCAAUGAUAUGUAUGAUAUCAAAUCCUAUGAAAUCUGAUAUUGUUUUUCUUUAUAAGAAUUGAUGUGAACACGGUGGUAUUGACUCUACCAGUUUGUGCUGCAAAUACUAAAAUCAACUGUUUUGAACUCAGUCCUCUGUACUUUAAGUAUUUCCGCAUGGCAACCGAGAGGUGAAUUUCUUAUUACCAGCUAUUUCGUGAUUUGAUAAUGACCUAGGGACCAAACACAUCACUUUCUUAAUUUUUUAAUUAACAGGGCAUGAUCUGGCUGGGUUUUUAAGAAAGUGUCUCUACCAGGAGCCGUUUGUUCAUGAGCGCUCCGGUAUUGGAUAGUAUUGCACCAAAAUAUUUUCAGAUUACCCCAAAUUUUCUAUCAGAUUUAAUCACAUUUGUUGAAAAGUUUUAUGUCUUUGGACAUUUAGCCCAAGCUAGCAAGAAAAAGAGAGUCUGCAAAACAGUAGGAACUUUGGGAGGAAUGGAGAUAGCUUGCAAUUUUUAAAUUAAAAAUGAAUGAUUGGUAUAGAUAUUCCUAUUCGGCAUGUCUGGUACUUAGUUAAUUGCCAGUAUAUUGAUUGAUUUUGGGAAUCAAGUGCUGGGGGAUAGGGGGUGAGAAUUGUUUUCAGUUGCCCACCUACCUUCUCCACUUUGUUUAGGAACAGCAAAUAUUUUUCUCCAGGAACAUGCAGCUUGGGUUUAAAAAGAGGACAACCACCAGUUUAUGGGACAUUUUAACCUUGGUUCUCAGUUGCCUCUACCUGCAGCUUACAGUUGAUUUUUUUUUUUUAAACUUCAGCACAUGGCUAUGGUACCCUUUGUACAGUAUAUUUUAUUAAUAAACUGUUUAAAAAUAUUUUGCACUGUUUAUUUUCUUGGCCCAUCCCUCACCACCUCCAUAUAGCAAAUGUUAAGUGUUCUAAAGUAGCAAAACCUAGAAAUAAUCCUAUUUUCAUUAUGCAACAGAAGACAUUCUUGAUGUGUCUUAACUCUGUAUUAAAGGGGGACCUAAUUGAGAUCUGUUAACUGGCAUUUUAAUGAAGUGCUGUGUAUCAGGAAAUUGUACACUAUUUACUUUUUUUCCUGUUCAUAAGCUGAGCCAUAUGUACAUAUCUAGAUUUUGUUUUCAUAGUUUUGCACUUUUAUAAUCUAUUUUUGAAGAUGAAAUACAUUUGGAAGAUGGAUAAACUGAUUUUUUUCCCUAUAAGAUUUUACAGAAUGCAUGCCACAGCUAUCUUACAUUUUAAAGAGAUAUGUGACAGGGUUUAAAAUUUAAAAUGGACAAAAAAUUACCAAAUCUAUUUGAAAACAAUCAUCUCUCCCUUUCUGCUGCAAUUUAGUUUUUCAGUUUUUUUCAGACUUGUCCUUUCAAACACAUUUCCAAAUACCCACGUCAUUAUUUUUCCCAUUUCUUGAUUUCACAGCCCUCUAUGUCAAUGAACGCUUUUGCCCAUCAGUAUUAGUUAUUGGGAUACUACUGGUUUUGUAACUUUUUUUGAGAUAACAGUGCAUAUAUAGAGGUACAAUUUGUUGGAUUUUUGUUUAUGUAUUUAUUUCAUUCCAGUUUGUUUGAUUUAUUUUAAUUGUUAAACCAUAAGAUGUCAAGCAGUAGAAAUUAUCCGUUUAAUUUAUAAUGUAUUUCAGUUUAGUCAAGGUAUGUUAUUAUAUGUGGAUGUAAAUAUAGAUUUGGUGUUUUGCAA